CGCAUAACGGAAGUGAAUGGGUGCCUGCCUGACAGCCUGGUUAUGGCGUGUUUGCUAGCAAGCGGCAGCGGCAAGAGCACAAUGUUUUCUCCACCACCGCAAACAAAACGCCGCUUCUGGAUUUGCUUUUUACUUAUAUGGAUAUACUUAACAUCAUCGUCAGUAUCUGUCAAGCCGGACAGUCUCAAAGAUGUGACCGACGGGAACUGGGAGAAAAUCCUGGCCGGAGAAUGGAUGAUUGAAUUCUAUGCCCCUUGGUGCCCAGCAUGUCAGCAGCUCCAGCCAGUGUGGAAGGAGUUUGCCGACUGGGGGGAGGACAUGGGAGUCAACAUAGCCAAAGUGGAUGUGACAGAGCAACCAGGUCUGAGCGGGCGAUUCAUCAUAACAUCACUUCCUACUAUUUAUCACUGUAAAGAUGGCGUCUUCCGGAAGUACCAGGGAGCUCGUACUAAAGAUGACUUCCUCAGCUUUGUAGAUGAACAGAAAUGGAAAUUAGUAGAGCCCAUCUCCUCUUGGUUUGGACCAUCCUCAUUUUUAAUGAAUUCCAUGUCUGCUUUGUUCAAGCUCUCCAUGUUUAUCCGGCGUUGUCAUAACUACAUGACAGAGCAGCUGGGGAUUCCUGUUUGGGGUUCAUAUGUUAUCUUUGGCCUGGCCACCCUCUUUUCAGGCCUCGCAUUGGGUCUGUUACUGGUGUUCAUCGCAGAUUUUGUCUUCCCCUCGCGAAGAUUUUCUUCUGAUUACUAUCAGAAAAAACAAGCAAUGGAGCAGGCACGAUUAAUCCAGCAACAAGAUGAAGACCAUGAGGCUGACGGUGAGGAAGAUGAUGAUGAUGAGGACUACGAAGAGGACAAGCAUGAGGUGUGGAAAAAGCGGAGAGAGUCUCCCGAGGGUCGCCCAGAACCUAAAGGACAGGGUUACCCUGACGAAGCUCUGAGGAAGAGAGUGGUGGGCAACCGUGAGGAAGAGGAGGACACUUAAAGAGGCAGCGCAGAGCUCCUCGUGGCUCCCUACUUCUUCUGAAUAGAGCACCGUGGAGUCAGCAGGGUUGGAGGAGCCGUGGUCCUGAGCAGCAGUGUUAAGAGGAAGGAUGCCCAAAUCUCCUAACGCCUCCGCCUUUCUAUGACCCCCUAUAUCCCCCCCUUUUUUUUUUCUUCCCCCUCCCUUGUUUUUAACAAGAGCACCUUAGACUCUCACCACCGCUCGCUCCACCUGAGCAGCAGGCUCCACCUGGAACAACAAAAACUUUCCUCACUUGUUUUCACUUGUUGGAAACAAAUUGCCUGCCUGAGGUUUUACGUAUGAAGUGCAGUACAGCUGAAUUUUGCCACGCUGUUUAUGCUAUGCAUUGAUUUUGAAAAGAAAAACAAAAAAAUCUUAUUACAUGUUUGAUUUAUAACAGGCUUGUGGUAUAUGUUUGAAUGUCGCUCUUCUGUUACAGUGUGUGUGUGUAUUUAUAGGUUAUUUCGUUUUGCUCAGAAAACCUGACGGCUCAACCUAAACCAUAAUCAUACACACCAAUCCGCUUUGACUAAACUAGUGCAGUUUGAUUGAAUUUGAAGGUAAGUAUCCAGACUUAAAUUACUUAAUUCUUUGGUUUCAAGCUUAUCUUUUAGUCUUCCAAACAAAAAGGCAUCAGAACAGCUGUUUCCCCGCAUCAUUUCCUCAAAUACUCCUAGCCAUAGUCUACUCAGCUGUACGCACAUACCAACAGCAUCGCUUUGAAUGUUAACAAUUUCCAUUGAGAAACUACACAUCAGAGCUGCCAGUCGUGUGUUCUCAUCCAUAUGAAGUUUUAAGUUGGAUAUUUUAAAUGCCAGUAAAAUAAAGCUGGACCAGUAGUAGACUGAACCACAGUUCACAAGGAGCAGUCAGGACAUACUGAGGAAAUCUGUAGAUUGCUUUUAUUUUUUUUUUGCUGCAACUUGAUACAGCCUUGAUUUAGAAUUUGUACAGCAAUAAUAAAUUUGUCAUGCAUGUCAAAUUAAUGUAAAAUCAGCCACAUAUAGUUAAAAACUAUUAGUAUGGUCAAUUCAUAGUGAAAAUAAAUGGUUAUUGCUGAAAAAUAUCGAGAUUUUUUGUUUGUAAAACCCUUAAUUUCUAACUAACACAGGCCAGUAUAUGUAGGGUGUGUCCUCAUGCAGAUUUGUGAAGGGCAGGAACCCCUCUCAUGGCAUCUCCACUCAGAAGUUUGAGCUAAAAAUACUGAUUUUACUUUUUUCUUUUAAAUACUAAUACUUCAUCCCCUAGGAGGAUGCUGAUCCUAUAAAGGUAAUUGCAUUCACUCCAAAAUUAAAGGCGUGUUGAAUGUUUUGUAGAAACUGUAUUUUAUCACCAGUCUGAAAUGAACGUGUAUUUUUUUCUUAUUAUGAACAGAUGUUUAGCUGUUAACCUGUUAAUUCAGCAACACACUAUAUGCAUGCUGUGAUGGGUUAAAAGUGGGGGACGGCAUGGUGUAGGUGUGAAACAGAUCUGUCCCAGCACUUAACCACAGGAAGGAGGGAAGACUCAGCAGACUGAACCAGCUAUAACCAUUUUCCUUUCCUAUUAUCUGAUCUGUAUCUGCAUGACUGCCAUUUUUCUUUCUUGACUCUAAAUUCAGGUGUAUGAACACUGGCCCUGCAGGAAGCAUUUCAUUCUUGGUGCAAACGACCUGUGUGUGUAUGAGCAGUUUUCACACUUUUCACUGUUUGAAGAGGUUUAUUGUGAUUUUUUUUUUUUUUUUUUGUGUUGAUUUGUAUCUCCCCAAAACUAAUUAAUCUAUGAAAUGACAGAACAGCUUGCGUUUUUAUUUUUCGGACCAUUAUUUAUGGCUUGUAGCAUUCUACUUUACUCUGAGUGGGCAGAGCUCUUCAUUUCUUUGAAUAAAGGUUUAACUGAAA